AAAAAAGUUGAUAAAGUUAUUUCAGUAUUGCUUUGGGCAAUAGGUAAUAACGUUGGUUAGUAAUUAGCUGAUUGUGCUCGAUUGAUUAUUUUCCAUGAGAUUGAUUGGCAGAUAGGUAAUAGUCGGUUUCGAUGUUUGGUAUUAAGUAAUUGAGAGGUAGCAGUACACAGGACAAAUGCGCGUGCGUGGCCUUUGGUCUUUUUAGUCGGGAAUUUAACGACGACCACGGGGCAUUACAACCGGUGGGCGGUUUUCGGGCAAAAUGUAAUACGCGAACGCGAGUAUGUAGUGGGAUGGCCGUAAGAAAACUUAUCAUGGGAUAAUUUGAAAGCGUGUAUUGGUAUUGGUAAGGAAUAAACGAAAGCGCAGUCGCAUCUUGUUCUCAAGUGAUGCGUUGUAACCACCUGUACCUGUUUUUUUACUCGACUUCCUCAUUUCACUUUGUUUCUUAUUCCAACGGCCUUAUUUUAACCGGCGACUUUUAAUUUUAUUUUAAUUCAGUUGCAGAAAUUAAAUUUAAAAUGGUUGGCUACUAUCCGGAAGCAAUAGGAGCACGUGCCCAAUCGUCACAAAUAACGAUGGCGACUCUAGAAGUUAUGAAGCCCGUUAAAAGUUUGGUGUGCAGUCCCGAUUUGACGGUAUUUGCAUCUCAGCCAGUUGACAGAUUGACCGAAACAGCGGAGGACAAAUCCUACCACUGCUUGCUCUGUCAGAAGACAUUUGACCAGAAAAGUGUCUAUCAGAGUCACCUGAGGUCCCACGGUAAAGAAGGCGAGGACCCGUACCGCUGCAAUAUCUGCAAUAAAACAUUUGCCGUACCGGCCCGUUUAACCCGGCACUACCGUACCCACACGGGAGAAAAACCUUACCAGUGUGAGUACUGCAACAAGUCAUUUUCGGUAAAAGAGAAUCUCAGUGUACAUCGUCGCAUUCAUACUAAAGAGCGGCCAUACAAGUGCGACGUAUGCGAACGCGCAUUUGAGCACAGCGGUAAAUUACACCGACACAUGAGGAUACACACGGGCGAACGUCCACACAAAUGUUCGGUCUGUGCAAAAACUUUUAUACAAAGCGGCCAGCUGGUUAUUCACAUGCGCACACACACGGGGGAAAAACCUUAUGUGUGUAAGGCCUGUGGCAAAGGAUUCACCUGUUCUAAACAGCUUAAAGUACACACACGCACGCACACAGGUGAAAAACCCUAUACGUGUGAUAUUUGUGGCAAAUCAUUUGGCUAUAAUCAUGUACUAAAGCUACACCAAGUUGCCCACUACGGGGAAAAAGUCUACAAAUGUACUCUGUGCCAUGAGACAUUUAAUUCCAAGAAGACAAUGGAGAUGCACAUUAAGACUCACGCUGACUCAGGAACAACAUCACCGCGUGAUUCGCCUAUUGAACCUGUAAUCGAGAUAUCGCAGAAUGCUGCGGUAAAUUCAAUAAGUGACGCAAGCAGCAUCAUUAGCAGCACCAGUUGCAACAGUAGCAGCAGCAGCAGCAGCAGCAGUGCCAGCAGCAUCAGCAGCGUUUGCAGCAGCAUCAGCAACGGCAACUGCAGCGACAAAGAGAACAAGACUGAAGACACUCAGGCUUACAUGCACUCACGAGACUUAUCGUACUACCUCUAUCCGCGGGAUCAGUAUCAAGCUCCAAGUCCAUCGGGUGUUAAUCCAGCUCUGCUGGCAGCAGCAGCCGCCGCGGCUGCCGCCGAAGACCGAUCGCUGUUCCAGCCGCCAAUUAUUCCCGCAAAUUCAUCACCAGAAUCUCAAUCCAUGUUUAUCUAUCCCGAGUCAACGGCCUACACGUCUUAUGGACUUCAAAUAAACGAUAUCAGCGGCAACGAUUGUUCAUCGCUGCUCAAUUUACCCGGUAAUGAUGCGCGGAGAAGAGUCGAGGCUGCUCUGGAAGCUGUCGAAGAGGAACGUCAGCGUGAAUACCACGGCGGUAUUACUGGCGUUAAUCGCAACCAGCAAAUAUUAACACCUCCGAGCAGCAACCCCGUUAGUCCCGCGCCGUCUCCGGAUCCUCUGGAUCUCGCGGUCCCGGUUGUUACGAGACAGACAUUGAUAUUACCACCGCGCAAACGGUGCAAGGCUAUUUUAGAAUCAAUGGAGAGCGAAAGAACGGAGCUGCUGGUCUCUCAGAGACACAGCUCUGUUAUACAAUUCGCUCGCGCUUCUUAGUAAGCUUUCGGUUGAUUAUUAAUUUGUUUAAUUAAUAAUUGAUUAUUAUUUAUCUUAAUAGUCUGAAACGUUUAAUUAUGUAUAAAUAUAUAUAUACAUGUAUAUAUAUUUAUAUAUAUUCUGGCGAGAUUUAUUCGUCAUCACUUUGCCGAGUUUUAUAGUAUUAGGUUUAUUGAAUAUAUACCGGAUUAUAUAAAUUAUUAAUUAUUAAAAAAUAUAUAUUGAAAAAAAAAUAAAAUAAUAAAUAUUAGAAUUAAUGUAAAUUCCGUUUGAAUUUAUAAAUAUAUAUAUAUAGACAAAUAACGGAAAUGGUUACAAAUUAAAUAAUUAAAAGUCAUUUUCUAAAGUUAUUUAUUGUAAUUUUCCUUAUUGGGAAGUGUUUUAUUGUGUCGUAUAACUUGUAAUUAUUUUUUUUUUCUUUAAUUAAAUUAUCUUGCGUAAAUAUACGCACUACCCGACAUAUUCCAGCCAAUAUGUAAUUUUUAUGCUACAAAAAAAAAGAAUUUCCAGGCACAAGAAAAAUUUUUUAUUACGAAAUGAAAAAAAAAAAAUUUUUUUCGCUGAGAAAUUCUUUUUUUUUGUGUAAAAUGCGUCUGUAUAUUUAUAGCAUACGAGCAUUAAAAAUGUUUAGUACUAUCUUAUAAUUAUUUAUAAUAAUAAUAAAAAUUAUUAUUAUUACUAUUAUUAUUAUUCUUAUUAUUAUUGAGCUAAAAAACAUGUUUUUGUUUGUCUUCAUAACCGAUAAAAUUAUUUAAGCACCAAACAAUUGAUAUCUCUGUGAUAACAACUCCAUACUACCAGAAUACUACGAAAAAAAAAUAAUAAAAAUAAUAAUAAUAAAAAAAAUAUGAGGGUAGUUGAGCCCACUGCCAGUACAAGAGUAUAAUUAUAGUGAAAAAAAUAAAAAUAAAUGAAUAAUGUAAACACACAAGCUUUAAUUUAAUGAAACGAUUGAUAACGACGACAAUUGCUGUAGGAUUAAUAAUGUACUUUAUGUAAUAAGAAGUAAUUAACCAUCUGUAUUGUGUGUUUACAUGAUUGUAUUUAUAUCAUCAAUGGUCAUAAUAUACAUAUAUAUAUUGUCAUUCUCAAUAACAGAUUCACACAUACAAAAUACAUAAAUACAACACACGCGAGAUUCAUAUGAAAAAGAAACAUCUAGCAUCCUCGAUCAUCUUACCGUGUCGUGCCUCAAUCUUCUCCGAUUUGAGGGGAUCGCUAUUAUAUAAAAAUAUGUUUCUUUCUUCUUUACAGUAAAAAAAAUAUUUCUUGGCGCAACAAAUAUUUUGUGUUAUGAAAUUUUAAAAAAAGUUUCCUUAAAACUAGAAAAAAUUUAUUUUUAUCUCAAGAUUUUUUUUUUCUUUUCAAUUCAUAAUUCAAAAAAAUUUCUUGUGGCGAGUAAAAAUUUUUUGUAUCAAGAAAUUAUUUUUUGUCUUAAGAAUUUUUUUUUUUUUUUAAUUCAUAAUUUUAAAAAAUUCUUGGGUUAAUUUAAAAAUUUUUUGGACUUGAGUAAAAAUUUUUUGUGUCAAGAAAUAAUUUUUUUCUGUGUAUAUAUAUAUAUUAUUAUCAAUAAUUAUUAAAUAAAAUAAAAUAAAUAUAUAAAUAAAUAUGUAAUUCACUUAAUGAAAACAAGGUUUUCCAAAGUCUCAGGAUAAAACCCCGUCCAAGGGGUGUUAUAGGUAUAUCUAACGUUGAAGUAUAACUAAAAUGCCACGGCCAUUUCUUUUCUCACACAGUCGUUGAACUCUCUAAACACACCGUCAAUGCCUUAAAAUCAUAACUUACAUCACUUAAUUCCUGUUCAUAGAAUAGUUACUAAUUACUAUUAUAUUUAUUAUCAUUAAUUAUUAAUCAUAAUAUAUUAUUUUAUUAACAUAUAUAUAUAUUUUUAUUGUAAUUACUUUCCACUAUCUCUGUCCAUCGAAGCUUAGAGUCUAGAUUGGUCGUGGCAUCACUCAAAGUUUACUAAAAAUAAAUUAUACGGUUCGAGUUUUCGCGAUAUCUAAAAUUAAAUAAAUAAAUUGUUCAUUACAUUGCUCGUUACAUUCUACAGUAUGUACAAAGACUGGCUUAUAAGAGAGAAUGAGAUAUUUAACACUAAUACAUAAUAAUAAUAUAUACAUAUAUAUGUAGUUUGUCGAGAAUUUAUGAAAGUGUUUAUAUAUAAAUAAAUCUCUCGUGUGUAUUUCGUAAAAUUACCCCUUGGUACUUUAAACAAACUCUAAAUUAUUUAUUUAAUAUAUAUAUGUUUAUAUAUAUUAAAAUUAAAACAUACAAGUUGAUGCAAUCAAUUUAUUUUUCCCAGGGGUUAAUUGUCUACAAUUUUAAAUUAAUGUUCGAUUUAUAAUUAAUGAGUAAUUAAAAAAAAACUUUUUUACGUUCCGAUCGCAAGACUACUUAAGGCAAUUAAAUUUAAUUAAUAUAUAAAUAAAUACUAGAGCCAGUCCGACUAAAAAAAACAAUCGCCUGCCAUUAUCUAUCGUAUAAUCAAUAAUCAAUAUUAAUGUAGUAAUAAUUAUUAUUAUUAUAAAUAAUAGUAAUGAUUGAUAAUUAGUAAUAAUAUAAAAAAAAAGAAAAAAAAAUAUGCCUGCGGUUAUUGUGCGCAUGUGUGAUGAGUGGAUGUAAAUAUCUAUGGAAAAAACUAAGAAAAAAAAAAAACUAAAAAAAAAAUAUUUAUAAAGUAAUCGGUGAACGUAUGUUAUGUAUUCAUAUAAUUGUAAGUUUAAUUACGAGAGCAUUGUGGAGCCCAAUGUACUAGAUAAUUAUAUUACAUGUAUGUUAAUUUAUAAAAUUCAUUUUAUCUUUUCUUCACAUUAUUAUUUAUCUCGGAAAUUUUUUAAAUUUCAUGAGAAAUU